CUAUAUUCAGAACCAAAUUCAUCACAUUUCAUUUUAUAUCAAUUUGCAUUUCUAUUUUUAUGUUAUCCAUUUUGUUUUACAUUAGAUACAUAGAUGCUUAUUUGCAUAUUUAAACGGAAUAAAACAAGUUUUGAUACAAUAAAGAACAUAAUUACAUGGCAACAACUUAUUUAUUUAUUUAUUUAUUUAUUUACUUGUUUAUUUAUUUAUUUAUUACUUUAUUACUUUAUUACUUUAUUUACUGAGCAUGCUUUGGCCAUGCUCUGCUGUUUAAUUAUAAAUCUCAGCCCUAUACAAUUCUGGAUAUUUGUAUAUUUGUGUAGUGAAUUGUGUAUUUUAGAUGUUUGGCAUAAAACAUAUAGGCUAUAACGAGUCCUAAUGCUGGCAUCUCCCCAAUAUGUCUCAGAUUUUGCAUGUUCUGCAGAUACUGUACACACAGCGCAUCUCAUAGUUCCAAUUUCACUUCCAUUUCACAAACUUCCUUCUUCUCUACUGAAGGAGAUCAGAAAAGGCAAAGAGAAUGGCACAGGUUUAUCAUCCAUAAGACACUGCAAGAUCUUACGGACACCUACAAUGGCAAGUUUUUUUACUUUAGUGGAGCCAUUGGUUGUUAUGCACAAACUGGGCAGCUCUUGUUUUGAGAUGGCUCUCACCCUUACAGUGUACAAUCGCUCACUGAAAUUAUCAGGUGGUCAUGCUGACCAAGCCCAAGAGGCUUCUUCGAGCUUCUUUCUCAUCCACUCCAUCAUAUCAGCAGUAGCGGCCAUGUUUUCCAGCGUACCGCUAGGCCGCAUCGCGGACCGACGGGGACUUAAAGUAUUCCUGGUCACCCCUCAGCUGGGUUCUCUCAUGGGAAUGUGCUUUCUGGUUUUCUUCCUGUUCCACAAUCUACCUUUGGAGUUCCUCUUCCUUGGCUCCAUGGUAUAUGGCCUCAGCGGAGGUCCUCCUGCGUACUGGGCUGGUGUGGCAGCUUUGGCGUCACUCAGCUCAAACCAGAAGCACCGCACUUUAAAACUCAACGUUGUGGAUCUCUGUGUUGGUAUCGCAGGAGUUCUAGGUGGUCUGCUAUCUGGGUACGUGUACCAGUUAGGACAUCAAGGAUUGGUCCUUUUAAUGACCGCCAUGCUCUUCAGCGCAGCGUCACUUUUUUACGCCGUGUUUCUUCUCUCCAGUUUAAGACAAACGUGUGAUGAGAAGGAGCAGCUACUGUCAAGCGGUGAGAAGAUGGACAAAGUAGCAGUAGGGAUGUUGAUGUCAGCCAUAUUGCUGUUUGAUCUGGGAAUGAUUGGAGCAGAGAAUGUUCUCACACUCUAUGUGCUGAAGCCUCCAAUGAGCUGGGAUUCGGUGUGGGCUGGUUAUGGCAGCGCAGCCACAAAUGCCAUGUAUUUGAGCAGCUUCCUCGGAGUGCUUGUGCUGUCCGACAUGCUAGGAGAUGUGGCCUUGUCUCUGCUCGGCAUUGUGUCCAACUGUACAGGAAUGGCCAUCAUGGCUUUCACAGUGGAGAGUUGGGUUUACUUCAUGGCACGAGGGAUAAUGAUGUUUGCCUGUAUUCCCAUGCCAACGCUGCGAGCGAUGCUUUCCAAAGUCCUGGAUGCACAGCAAUAUGGAUGCAUAUUUGGACGGCUACAGUUGGCUCUGGCUGUGACUGAACUUCUGUCUACGGUGAUCUUCACAUCUAUUUACCCUCUUACUCUGAACUGGUGCAGUGGCCUCUGUUUCCUUCUCUCUUGUGCCAUCAGCUACCUCAGCGUCAUACCAAUCCUAUACCUGAAGUUCAGGCAGAAGAGAACUGGGUACACAACUAUAUAAGGGGAAAUAUAUUAUGUGCACUAUAAGACCAUUUUUCAGCUGUUGGCAUUUUGUCAGGUGGCUCUGGUUCAGCUUGGGGAGAAUUUGAGGCUCGCAGUAGAAAGUAUAUUGCUUAUAUAAAAGUAAGGUGCUCUGCAUCUGGACAACCAGAACCAGCUUAAAUCCUGUGCUGGGCAUUCAACAGGGUUUUCCACCAGUUAUACCAGUAUACAUAAUGCAACAUGACUGACUCCACCAAAGACUCCUCAAACUUAGACAUUAAUUACUCUCUGGAUUGCAAUACAAAUGCUCCUUCACAAAGGUUCCUAAAUUAUUGAGAAUUAAGUUAGGCAGGGAUUCCUGAGUGCCACAGAGGAAGAUGACACACUCCAGAAGCUCUUCUUCAUUUCUGAUUCCCCUGGUUUCUGAACUGAAGUGUCUUCUAAAACUUAAAUAGCUCUUUAGUUGUGAACUUGAUCAUGAAUAUGAAACUCAGGAUUUUAAGAGUUAGUGGACAACUUGUUUGAAGGUCGAACAGAAAGUUCAAAUUCUUUGAGAAUGUAUGAAAAAUAUCUGUUUGUGGCGUGGAAGCACUUCCUGGAAGCUGCCUCCAUUAAUCAUGAACUGUUCUAAGAGAGACCUACAAUGUGUUAUUUUACAAAGUAUCCAUGAAUGCUGUAUAAAAGCCUUCAUUAUGUCACACCUAUAUUGCAGCACAGUGAAAUUCUUUCUUCAAAUAUCUCAACUCUCUUGGUUGUGGUUAACUGCCUGGCUCAAAGGCCCAACGGUAGCAGCUUGACCCCCAAUCCUCCAAUUAUCAACCCAGAGCCUUAACUGCUUGAGCCACCACUGCCCUUAAUAUUGUUUGCUUUAAUAUUGUGUGGAAAUGUUAAAGCGAACCAUAUUAAUUAUACAUCAAAUAUAAAACGUUUACACCCCUAUCCAAAAAUUGCAAGUUGUUGUGUGGUGACAAAAUGAAACGAAGCUCAAUCAUGUCAGAUCUUUUUACACCGUUAAUGUGUAAAACAUUCCUCAUUUGGCUCCAUUACUUUGUUUUAUUUUUGUCAUAUCAUAGUGCUGUAGGCUUUGUAGGCUUACCUCUUUUCUGUAUCAUCCUAUUUUGGGUUUCAAUGCCUCUGGGGUUUAUGCUACAUCAAUCUUUAAUAUCAGUCUUUAAUAUUUUUUCUGCUUUGUACUGUAAGUCCAGAGCCUGAAAUGUUUUGAGCUGAAAGUGGAUGGCCUACAAAUUGUUGAACAUGUACCUGACAGGUCUGCUCAAGAACAAAAUGAGUAUGAACCAGCACAAAACUCAUCCCCAGAUAUGAAUCGUUUACAUCAUUCAUCUCUUAAAAUAAUAAACAAAUAAUGAAUAAUUAAAGGAGAAAAAACAUUCACAUUUAAGUCUAAGUCAUCCUUUGCUGGAAAUGCAUUGGCAUAUUGCCUUUUCUAGAAAAGGGAAGUGAAACACUUCUCAUAAGAUUGCUUCAGAGUGGUGCAUAAUGUCUACAUGAUGGAUAAUACACUAUUGUUUGAAGACUUCCGGUUCUUUUCCGGAGUAGUUUGUGCAGUAGACAGAAUGAAAGUGAUGGCAGCCCUUGGACUGAG